GACGUCAGGUACGUACAGUGUACACACGAUCGUCAUAGCAUUCCGACCGCGUUCUUCAAGGAAAUCGAAAAAUCCUUUGUCGCGAGGCGUCAAAAUGCCGAUCGAUAAGAGGAUCGUGAGAACAAUUUGUACGCUGUUAUUAUUCGUGACGAUAGGAUGCGAAGCUAUUCGAUGUUACCAAUGUAGCAGUAAUACCGAUCAAGAAGGCGAAGAUCUUUGUGGAGCUUAUGGAAAAUUCGACAAAGAAGGAAAUAUUCCGGUGGAAUGUAGUAACGAAGAAUCUCAUACGCCUGGGACAUUUUGCAUUAAGUUGACACAACAAAGUCCUCGUGGCUUCAUAUGGAACGGUAGAUGGCGACAAGUGAUACGAAGGUGUGCAUCUGUCUCCAGUACCGGAGUUACAGGUGUCUGUAAUUGGGGGGUCUACGAAAAUGGAAUCUAUUGGCAAGAAUGUUCUUGUUCCGAAGAUUUUUGUAACGGAGCAUCCUCAUUUUCUUCACUUUCUACAAUAAUCUUUGUUACAUCAAGCGUCCUUCUUUCGAUCCUUUUUACAAGAUAAAUUGGAGUACGUGUCUACUGAAAAAAAAAAAAAAUAAUACACACAAAAUUUCAUUAGCAACGAAUCCGUCCAUUAUAAUUUUAUUUAAAA